AUGGACUCUCCAGAUAGUUUGUUGGGACAGAUAGAUAUUCUUAUUACACGAUACGGCUCUAAGCCAAGGGUACCAAGUCGUAAAGCAAGAAGUGUCAGCAGUUUGGCUGCUCCAAGGAAUGUCGAAGUCACCAACAGUGCUGAUGCGCAAUAUUAUGGUCGAAUCGCUUUGGGAACACCGCCGCAAAGCUUUCUGGUUCAGUUUGAUACUGGAUCAGCAAAUCUCUGGCUUCCCUCGACGCGAUGCUCGGAUCCAGCCUGUGUAAAGCAUUCUCAGUUCAAUCGAUUGCUUUCAUCCACCUGGACUUCACUCACGCAAACGUUUUCCAUUCAAUAUGGAACAGGAUCGCUUAGUGGUGUCAUGUCCUCUGAUACCUUUUAUAUGGCUGGUCUGACUGUCACAAACCAAAGCUUUGCCGAGUCUGUAUCUCAGCCAGGCACGACAUUCAUCAACACAAAGUAUGAUGGAGUUCUUGGAUUAGGCAUGCGCGAAAUUUCAAUCAAUAAUGUAGCAACACCAAUGGAAAAUAUGCAUGCGCAAGGUUUGAUACCAGCUGGAGUAUUUGGAUUAUAUCUUACCAAGAACAGUGCACCAGGUUCGGUAUUGACAAUUGGUGGAUAUGAUCCAAGCCAUGUUGAUGGAUCCAUUACAUGGCUGCCACUGUCCAAACGACAAUUUUGGCAAGUGGGGUUAACCUCGGUAACCUUUAAUGGCACAACUCUCAUACAAAAUGCACAAGCCGUGUUUGAUAGUGGGACGUCGCUUAUAGCCAUCCCAACAGUAUCUGCGACACUGAUCCACCAACAACUUGGUGCGAUUCCAUAUCAAAACGGACUUCAGUUGAUACCGUGCACAGGACUGCCUUCAGUUACCUUUAUGUUGAACAAUGUGUCAUUUACGCUGCGCAACGAAGACUAUGUGAUUCCAUUUGGAUUUGGAUACUGCGUGUCAGCAUUUGUUGGACUAGAUAUGCAUGGGUUUUGGAUAUUGGGCGAUUCGUUUAUGAAGCUGUACUAUACUAUUUUUGAUUCUGAUAACAAUCGCAUUGGAAUUGCCAAUUCACGAUGA